AUGUUUCGUUUAUUGAUAGUUCUCCUCGUCAAGCCCGUCUUCUUGGAAAACACGACGUUGGAUGAUAGGGCCACGAUUACGCACACGGACACCCAGAAUACUUCGUUUGCCAGCGAAAUCAAUGAAUUCCAAAAACUGCAGAAGCAAAUCGACGAUCUGACGGUCAAGCUCCAGGAAGCCGAACAGACCAUCAAGGCGCAGGACAAGCAGCUAGCUGACUUCGAAGCGAGCCGAGUUCCACCCAACGAGACCCUCAUGGAGAUGUAUCAUCGUCUUCCAGUCAUUCAGUCCAACGUCACACUGGUCACUGUACCCUUGAAGUGGGCCGCGGGGCUGGUGUCCGACAUGAUUGCUAUUCUACCGGGCCCGCCGGUCGGGAAGAUCGCCAAGGUCGCCUCCAUGGUCGCGCUAUGGAUAUUAGAAGAUGUACACGGCGCCUUUUCUGACCUCAACACCCUCGUCGUCGCUCUCCUUGCCACCUUCCUAGCUAAACCCCAGUUCACCACCUCCCCUAACCCA